AUGGCGUCUCUGCGUCAGAAUCUAGUGCACAAGAUCAUUCUGCUUCGUACUGCUUCAACGCCUCGAACAUUGUUAUUGAGAGGCCAGUCAAGUGCUAUAAGCUUUUUAUUUGCUAGAAAAUUAGCAUCUAAAGCUCAGAUGACCGUGCACGAGGAGGAAAAAUCGGAAGAAGAGAUGAAACAGUCACAAACAGCACGUGCAAAAGUCAGCGAAUAUUUGGAAAAAAAUGGGGUCCGUGUUCAAAGGGUCCGCAGACAGAUCGAUUUAAGGAAACUGACUGUAGAAAAAAUAUCAAGGGUGUUUAAAAUUCUAGAUGAUAUAGGGAUUGACCACAAUCAGCGACACAGAAUUAUCUCGAAUAGACCCACUAUUUUGACAACCAAGGAUGAUCUGCUGAGACAUCGUGUGAAGAUCAUGAGAAUUGUUGGAAUCUUUCCCGAAUCUGUUGCUUACGUCGUUAAGGAAUCGCCAGGGGUGCUAACGGCAAGGAUCGAGGAAUCUUUACCUGACAAGAUCAAAUGUUUUGAAGAAUUGAAUGUAAAACCAAAGUUUACCAAAGAUGAAAUACUCCAUGUGUUGACAAAAUGUCCAACAAUCAUUGCUGCUUACACGGUGGAGUCAUUGCAAAAGAAGGUCCAGUUCUUGGAAGAAGAACUGAAAUUUAAUAAACAUCACAUCAAAAAUAUCAUUCUCAAACAGCCAUCUGUUUUGACAUUCAGCAAUGAUGCACUCAAAGAAAAGUGGAAUUAUUGUUUUGAGAAGAUCAAUGUAAGUCCAACAGGCAUAGCACGUUGUCCCAGGGUGUUUCAGUGCUCCCUUAAAAGAAUUAAAGAAAGGCAUUUGUAUCUAAAGCAUCUGGGACUCAUAAAAGAUGAGACAAUAAUCGAUGAUUAUGGGCUUGGUCUUAUUGUGACUCCUUCCGACAAAAGGUUUGCAGAAAAAGUCGCUAAAAUGUCAUUAGAUGAAUUUGAUGAGUUCAGGGAUGAACUUGACCUCUCAAGCAAGGAGUGAUGUUGGAGAAGAUGGCAGCUACUUUUUGAAAUUAUAUUGACUGUGAAAAAUGAUGAUGAUCAUGUAAAUGACAAACCCCAAAUAUACAGUCAAACACUUUUUAACUCUUUUACCCUCAAGAGUGAGUAUCACCCUUGAAUUAGAUGUAAAGGUUGCGAGGAUAAAGGCAAUGAUCAUUAAUUUAGGAAGUUCCUGAUUGUCAAUCAAAUUCUCCUUGUCAGUGUUAGAGGAAUUAUGCAAAGAACAGUGUGGAGAAUAUGAACACAAUCUUAAGGAUGUAAAAGGGUUCAGGAAUAUCAUUAAA